CGCAGCGUUACCAAGAUGGCGGCCUCCUUAUGUCAGUGCUACCAGCUGUGUGUCAGAAGAGGCUGUGUGCGGUUAUUCUCUUGUCAGUAUGUGUCUUUAUAUGACCGAGCGAGUGUGUAUAGGAUAUGUGGAUCCACCAUCACUACAUCACAGGAGAGGUUUAUGUCGUCUGGUGGCGGUCGCAAAGGCUUCUUGGGAGAGUUUCUGGACAACCUGAAACAGGACCUGAACAAGAACAAAGAGAUGAAGGAAAACAUCAAGAAGUUUCGUGCAGAGGCCAUGAAACUUGAGGAAUCGGAUGCCCUCAAGCAAGCCAGAAGGAAAUAUAAAACCAUCGAGUCAGAAACAGUCAAAACCUCAGAAGUGUUCAAGAAAACGAUCGGUUCAAUAUCUGAAUCGGUCAAAGAGGGUUUUGAAGAGGUGAGUCGCACAGACAUUGGAAAGAAAAUUAAAGAAGGGAUGGAAGAAGCUGCCAAAACGGCCAAGCAGUCGGCGGAGACGAUGUCUAAAGGCGGUGAAAAAUUUGGGAAGACGGGAGCCUUCCGGGCAAUCUCACAGAGUGUCGAGAGCGUCAAGAAAGAGAUCGGUGACCUCGGUCAGAGCGGAUCAUACCGGCCGCCCAGCACAUUGAGGAAGAGAAGCGACUUCUCAUCGAAGGUGGGCGGCAGCGAGGCUAAAGUCUUCGAAGCCGACGAGGAAGCAAUGGGUGUUGUUCUACACAAAGACUCUAAAUGGUAUCAGCAGUGGAAAGACUUCAAGGACAACAAUAUGGUUUUUAACAGAUUCUUUGAGAUGAAGAUGAAAUAUGACGAGAGUGACAACGCCUUAAUCCGAGCGUCUCGAGCCGUGACCGACAAAAUGACAGACAUCAUCGGUGGGCUGUUCUCCAAAACCGAGAUGUCUGAGGUUCUGACCGAGAUCUUGAAAGCGGAUCCGAAUUUCGACAAGGAUUCGUUCCUGAAGCAGUGCGAGAAAGACAUUAUUCCCAAUAUUCUAGAGGCCAUGAUUCAAGGAGAACUGGAGGUCCUCAAAGAUUGGUGCUACGAGGCUACGUACAGUCAGCUCGCUCAUCCUAUACAGCAGGCCAAAGCCAUGGGACUCCAGUUCCACUCCAAAAUACUCGACAUUGAUAACAUUGAUUUGCCGAUGGGUAAAAUGAUGGAACAAGGUCCCGUCCUCAUCAUCACUUUCCAGGCUCAACUGGUGAUGGUCAUUCGCAACGUGAAAGGUGAAGUCGUGGAGGGCGAUCCGGGAAAGGUUCUCAGGAUGAUGUACGUAUGGGCGUUAUGUCGAGAUCAGGAGGAGUUGAACCCGUAUGCAGCCUGGAGACUCUUAGACAUCUCCGCCUCCAGCACGGAGCAGAUCCUUUGAGAACGGGCUCUACUGCCUCGGGGACGUGUGGGAGGGGUAAGGGGCGAGACUUUGGCCACACAUCAUCACGUUAGCAUCACCCGGCCCCGUCCAGAGCUCACCCAGGAACCCUGACUUGACUUGAGGCUUGUGAACCAAACUGGGUGACGACUGGGGCAGUGAUGUGGCCCUUGGGACGAAUGCACGCCUUUGGACCGAAAUCCCCUUCAGUCAUGCUAAGAGACUUAGAGACUCACUUUUGUUUGCGUUUUGUCUGUUUAACUGUACUGAAAAUAUGUCAUGUCCAUCUGUUGUCAGAUGACAUUUAAAUGUUUAAGAAAUCCAGAAAGUUGCAGUAAACUGGUUUAAUGAUAAUUAUAAUGAAAGAACUUAAUUUGUAUUGUGUUUAGAUAAUCAGACCUCCCUGUGCAUCUUCAGUGUAGACUGUCAGGAAUUGUGGUGGCCCACAGGUCGGCACAAACAUGUUUGAGCAACAGAUACAGUGUCUAUAUUUAUUUUUUUGUUACAUGUAAACUGGCGACCACAGAUUUGGUCCUGGUGCUUCUUUAUCGGUUUGUAUCGUUGACCAGUUUUCCUCCGGAGAUGGUGUUCAACGCAUCUUUUAUUGAGUCAUCAAAUAAUUUUAUAUAGUUCAACCUCAAUUCCUUGGGGCCUAAAAUGAUCGUUUAUCUUGGGAGCUUUUCUCAAGAAUAUUGUUCAUCAUUCCCUUUGAAAUUUAAAUAGAUGUGCGGUUUGGGUGAAUCGUGAAAAUGAAAUACAAAUUAAAACUAUUCCACGCUUGCCCACUCAUUAAAAAUAUGUGUCGAAAUGAUACUUGAUUUACUCAACUUUAGCAAAUAUACACAACAUCUAAAGAACUUUUCAA